ACCCAGGUUGGGACCCGAGACAGCAGACGUAAAACUGCGCAGGCGCCAAUCUCCGCCCCACUCCCAAACCUCAGCGCCCCAGUCGCUCGCCCCGCCCGGAUAUCCGGCCUAAUCCCGCCUCUGGGGCGCUCGCCCCGCCCGGAUAUCCGGCCCAGCUCCGCCUCUUAGUACCCCGCAAUAUGGCGCUGUGCGAAGCGGUGGGCUGUGGCAGCACCCUGGUCUGGCCUCGGGUGUUGCUUUUCGGAGACUCCAUCACCCAGUUUUCUUUCCAGCAAGGUGGAUGGGGAGCAUCACUGGCUGACAAACUGGUCAGAAAAUGCGAUGUUCUGAAUCGUGGGUUUUCAGGUUACAAUACCAGAUGGGCCAAAAUUAUUCUCCCAAGAUUAAUCAGGAAAGGCAACAGUUUGGACAACCUGGUAGCAGUUACAAUUUUCUUUGGUGCCAAUGACAGUGCUCUAAAAGAUGAGAAUCCCAAGCAACACAUCCCCCUGGAUGAGUACAUUGCGAAUUUAAAGAGCAUGGUGCAGUACCUGAAGUCUGUGGAUAUCCCUAAGAGCAGGGUCAUUCUCAUCACUCCACCCCCUCUGUGGGAGACAGCAUGGGAAAAGGAAUGCCACAUGCAAGGCUGCAAAUUAAACCGCUUGAAUGCUGUAGUUGGUGAAUACGCCAGUGCCUGUUUACAAGUAGCCCAAGACUGUGGGACCGACGCACUUGACCUGUGGACCCUGAUGCAGAAGGAUAGUCAGAGUCAUGUUGGGGCUUGGUGCCAGCACUACAAAUCCCCUGCUCCUGGUGGCCAUUUCUGGGUAGGGCAGAUAGAAAUUGAGAGGGAAAGACACCUGCAGACCUGUUUCACUACAUGUGAAGUGACACCCCCCCCCCCCCCGGUAGGGAGCUCAGACCAGGAUCCUUGCACUGUGCUUUGUACUGUGUAUGUUUAUUUUUUUAAUAUUUAUCCCUUUGUUGCCCUUGUUGUUUUAUUGUUGUUGGUAGGACAGAGAGAAAGGGAAGACAAAGAGGGGGAGAGAAAGACAGACACCUGUAGACCUACUUCACUUCUUGUGAACCGAGACCCUUAUGCUGGUCUUUGUGCCACUGCCCACCCCCCUACCCUGAGCUCUUUUAAGACUUUUUUUUUUGCUUAUAUCAACACUUUUAUUACUCAGUGGUCCUUUUUCCUUCAAUUGAUGACUUGGAAGGACAUCACAAGAAUCUGUAUGAUGCAGAUAAGCAACAUCUCUAUGAAGGGCCAGUGAGAUUGUGCAUUCACACCUGGAUGUGAUUACAGUCCCAGAAUACUUCUGGCCUGCCAGAUGGGCCUUAAUUCAAUAUACAGUGCGUACCUCUAACUGUAUUCUUUCUU